GGGGAAAAAAUUCUCGAAAAAGUUAGUGGCGUUGGCUUCGCAGUUGCAACGCCCCAUACUCACACGAUCACGUAGCUUGUGUGUGUGUGUGUUGAGGGCAGAUAUUUUUAAAUAUAAAUCGAAUUAUCUUUUGGGGAUCAGUGUAAAAAUGGCAGACCCAUGUUUAUUGUGAGAGAGAGAAAAAUAAGCACGAAUUGGAAUGAACGAAUGAAUGGAUUUCACUGUGCAAAUUUAGGGUUGCUGCAGAGAGAUUUCUACAAGUGAAUAAGAUUGAUAUAUUUCUUAGCUUUCAACAUAUCCGAUCCCCUUCUUGAUUACUUGAAGGAGUCAAUCCAGUUAAAGCUUUCCAUUUGAUUUUUGUUACCAAGAUAGUGAAAUUAACAAGGAUGGGAGAUCAUUUUGUGUUUUUGGUUGAUCGGUUACUCACAGAGUCCACUUUAGAGGCUGCAAUUGAGAGCAGAAGCCCUUCAUAUCCGAUGGCUCCUGCCAAUGAAACAGUGAUUGAUUGUUCAUCUCAUAUGGAUUCUGAAGCUGUUUAUACUCCUAGGAAAAUGGUUGAAUGCAGGAUAUGUCAGGAUGAAGAUUUUGAUUCGAAUAUGGAGACUCCUUGCUCUUGUUGUGGUAGCUUGAAGUAUGCUCAUCGCAGAUGUGUUCAAAGAUGGUGUAAUGAAAAGGGUGAUAUCGUGUGCGAAAUAUGCCAUCAGCAAUUUAGACCAGGGUAUACAGCUCCACCUCCAGUGUUCCGGUUAGGAGGUCUUCCAGCAAAUUUCAGGGGCCAUUGGCAGAUUGCGAGAAGGGACGUGAAUGAUAAUCCACAGAUAAUUACCAUUGUUUCUUCUGAUCAUAAUUUUCUUGAUCAAGGAUACGAUGAGUACGCAGAUUCCACCGCCAGAAGCAUUUUAUGUUUCCGUUCAGUUGCUGUCAUCUUCAUCGUUCUCCUGAUCUUGCGUCACACUUUACCCGUACUUGCAAACGGAGUGGGAAAUUACCCGUUACCUGUGUUUUUGUUGCUACUCCUACGAACUUCAGGAAUUAUCAUACCAAUCUACUUCAUCCUAAAAGGGAUGACAGCAUUGGUAAAUCGGCAACGCCGGUUGGCGUCUAAUGGAUCAACAUCAUCUUUCUCUUCUGAUGACGAAGAAGCAGGUUCAACACCUUUGCAGUAUCAACCACAUACGGGUCGUGUUAAUUAGUCGUCUCGUGCCAUGUGGGGUCGGCAGACUCGAAGUCAACCGUCAACCACGUGAUUUGUGUAGAAAGGUUUGUUCAUAAACUGGGUUCAUGAAAGUGGUGCUCCAACUAGAACAGAUGCAACUCGAUACUUAUCGAGUUGUGAUGCACCCAUCAAGUUUAGAUCUGUAUUUAGUGGUCUAAAAGUAUCUUGAAAACGUGCUGUAUGGCUCUUUUUCGAAAAUCAUGCAGCUUUCGGGAAAAAAACGUUUGUAUAUAUUGCAUCUACGGAAGAAUUACGCAUGAAAUAAUUCCACCUACGAUAAUCACAGAAGUGAUUGUUCUUACUUUCGAAA